AUGAGCUGCCAGCACCAACACUCGGGUUGUGUUGAAACGGAGAUGAUUACCCUCUCGCCCUUGAUUGCCUUGUCGUUCCGCAUGCAUGCGCCCCUCCCCACACUCCCACGAGCGUCUCUCGCUGCACGCCUGCUCACCACCACACGCAAGGCCCCCCCCCACGCUCAGUCAACGUAUGCGCUGCUGCUGUGGGCGCGACUGCUUCUUCCUGUCAACGCCUGCGCGGCUGCUGUGGGUGCUGCUGGGUGGUGCUGGGUGCUGCUGGGUGCGGGCUGUCCUGCAGUCAACGCCAACGCUAACGGACUCUCCUGCUUCGCAGAUGAGUGCCCCUCCGCCCUUCACUCGCCUCGCUUUCUCCUUUCCCUCGCAUGCACUCUGCACUCUCGCCCUGCUCGCUGCAGCAGCAACAGCACCAAGGCCGUCGCCCUGCUCGCUGCCACACCCAAGCCCUUGUUCCCCAGCUACCACGUUCGGACUAGGUACCCCACCCCCUCCCCCGGUAAUGUGGCCCCUCCCCUCUUCCUCGCCUGUCUGCCUCGCCUGCACAUGGCACUUUCCAUCCGCCUUCCACUCUCUCCUCCGCUUAACUUCCCCUCCGAGUCUCCCCUCCCCUCCUCUUCCCCUUCCACCUCUCCCCCUGCUCACCCCUCCGCCCAUCCCCCAGCAGCCUCUCUGGUGGCGAGUUCCCAGCACUCCCGGCAGCGCCUUUGGGUGGUGUGA